AUGAGAUCAACAAAUUUUACAUCAUUAUCUGAUAUUGUAUUACUUGAAAUAUUUGAAUAUUUAUCGUGUGAAGAUGUUUUAUAUGCAUUUGGUGAUUUACAUAACUUUCGUUUUAUUAAUUUACUUGAAGAACAUGGAGCAUUUGAACAUAUAUGUUUAUCAUCAGAAAUGUCACGUCGUCAAUAUAAAAUACUUUCAAAUGGAAUUUGGCGUUAUGAAUUAGUUCGUUCAUUUGUAUGUAAAGAAAUGUUUUGUGAAUUUAUUAUUGAAUUUACACCUUGUCGAAUAUUUCCUUUGUUGAGUGAAUUACGAAUACUUUGUAUACGUUGUAUGACAGAUCAUGUCGAACAGUUUGUUAUUGAGCAUUCAUCUACACUUACACAUCUUUUUAUAACAAGAAGUGAACAAUCAUAUAUACCAGAAAAUUAUGAAAAAUUUUUCUAUACAGUUUUACCUCAUCUUAAUCAAUUAAAAUUACUUGAUACAGAUUCAAGAAGUUAUGUAUCGAUUCAAUGGAAUCAAUUAACAGAUUGUUUACAAUCAUUAGAACAUUUAUUAACAUAUGUUGAAAAUAUGUCUGAUGUAUAUACAAUGCCUAUAGAUGGACUUUUUCCUCAUCUACGAUCACUUCGGAUUUAUAAUAAUGAAGAUGAGUCAAAAUUGCCAUGUAUGUGGUUUACAUCAUCAUGGCCAAGUUGGACAAUAUUUUCAAUGAAUCGUUAUGAUAUUGUACCACAUAAUGGUGUUCGUCAUUUAUUAAUAAAAGAUCCAAAUAUAUCAUUACACUCAAUUAGUAAAUUAUUGAAUCAUGCUAAGACAUUAAUAUGUCAAUAUCCAGGAUCAUUUUCUAUAAAUGAUUCAUUACUAUCAUCAAUACAAUUAAUUAAUUUACAUCAUAUAACAAUAAAUGAUUAUGUUCCUGGAUUAGAGUAUUUACUUGAUGGUAUUAUGGUUCCUCGUUUGAAAUCUAUAAAUGGAUAUAUUGUGUCGUUAUUCAUUUCUCUCAUACGUCGAACAAAUCAAAUGAAAACUCUUGAUACAGUUAAUCAUUUAGUGAUAACAGAUCAAUCAAUUCGUGAUGAAAGAUGUUUUUCAUUUAAACAAUGGUAUAUUGUACUUGAUGCUUUUCCUCGUUUAAAAACAUUUUUAAUUCAAUUUCAUAAUCAUAUAUGUCCACCAAUAACUAUGGCAGAUUUAUUUAUUAAUUAUAUAAAACGAACAAGUCAAACAUCACUCAAUUUUUUUUCUUGUUGUAUUGAUCAUUGUUAUAAUAUGGAAAGCAAAGAACAUUUUAUUACAUAUUUAGAAGAUAAAAUAGAAAUUUUAUGUUCACCUCUUCAACUUGCAUCUAUUAGUCCAACAAGACUUGAUGCAUGGAUGUAA